GGUAUAAGCUUCCUAUAGGAAUCCAAAAAAAUUUUAUUCUGUGUUUAAUCAUUCAAUUUGUUAUUUAAUAUAGCUUAUUUAUUUGUUAGAUUUUCACCACUAUUGGGUUAUUGAAACAAAAUGGAAAAUUUAUCCAUACCUACAUUAAGAGAGCUUUAUAAACAUUACGUGAAAUGGGUCAGUACUCAUCCAGAACGCACUACAGAUCUAGAAGCCUCAAUAAAAUGGAUAUCAUAUUUUCUAGCUGGUCGAAUCAAUAACUCGACAUUACUAUCUGAACUUAUAUACUCCAUGUCAAAUUUCAUGAUGUUAUUUAAUGAUCAAAUUAUACUAAGUUGUGCCAAAAACUCAGUAUUGGUGAAUGAAAAAGAAAAGAAAAAAAUAUUUUGUCCAGACAAUAUCAAGCGUUUUCUUACAAUGGUUGAUUAUAUUGAAGUGUUUAUAGAAGUAUCUGCUACAAGAUUAUGGGGUACUAAAGGACGAUGGAUUAUUAUUGUUCUUUUACAAUCUAUAAAAUGUUUGGCACGUUUGUAUCUGUUACAUAUACACAAGCUUCACAUGCUCGAAUCGCCUCCCGUACAACCAUUAGAUCGUAAAACGGUUGGCGUUAAACAGAAGAACGACGGGCUUGACAGUGUAAUAACAUUACCGUCGGGACGAACGAUUCGCAAAAUGGAAAACGCUCCUCCGAUAAACCGACGCACAUGGGAAGCUCCGCCGAGAGCGAAUAGACUAAUCGACGGUCCUGGCAGAUCAAUAGACGAUAGACACAUCGUAGCCGAGACCAUGUACAUAAUGAAACCAAUUGUUCACUUAGGCAGUAUGUGUGUAUUCGGCGAGAAAUCGUGGAAACCUUGGUUCAUUUCCCUAACAAUUGAAUACAUUAGUUUGCAAAGGUUAAAAUCAUCGCAAAGUCUUACGCCCCAGCAACGCUUGGUGAUGUCAAAACGAGCACUUAAUUUGGCCAUGUACAUAGUGCGAUCUCCCUUCUUCGAAAAUUAUUCAGAAAAACAUAUUCGCGCAUUUUUACAAUGGUUUGUGAACUCGGUGCCGUUGGUCGGUCCGCUCAUGCGGCCUUUCCUUGAGUACAUGGAACAAUGGCAAGAAACAUAUUUCUAUCUUUGGUCGACUUAAUUAUUUUGUUUCACAUAGAUGGAAACAAUACUUUGUUAAAGGGAAAAGACAACAAAAAAAUCUAUUAGGGUAUGAUUAAGGUAUUAUUGUUGAAUUAAGUUUAUUUAAUAAUUUAAUUUAAUUUUUCCGAUGUGAACUUUUGUAAUAUGGUGCAUUUUUUAUGGUAUAAAUUGUUAGGAAAUGCUCAAUUAUUUUACUAGUUUACUUUGUUUUUGUAUUCCAAUACACUAUAUAUUUAUUUUAAAUACUAUUACCACUG